GCACUAAAACGUGCGCUCGAAAGAGUUCCACGGCUCUGAGAAGACGGAAGUGGAGUUUGUAUAGGAGACUGGACACAAGGAAACGUGACGUGUUCUCCCUGGACCGAGAUGCUCAUGAGGAUAUUUAAAAGUCUGUUUUAGAUUUCAACACACGGCGAAAACUGCGGCUUUGAAGUCAGAUUAUCUCCGAGCUAAUCCAUUUUAAAGUGGAUUGAAGGUUUCAUCAUGGCUCCACACCCGGUAGUCCAGGCUCUCAUUGACUUCUCAGCUGGAGCAGCAGGUGGCAUAGCGUGUGUGAUGAGCGGUCAGCCGUUUGACACCGCCAAAGUGAAGAUGCAGACGUUUCCCACCAUGUACCGUGGCUUUGUCCACUGCUUCAUCGCCACUUUCAGACAGGUGGGACUCCGAGGGCUCUACAAAGGCACAACGCCGGCCCUCAUUGCCAACGUCAGCGAGAAUGCGGUGCUCUUUUUGAGUUAUGGGCUGUGCCAAGAUGUGGUCCGCUUGUUGACUGGGACGAGUAAAGGGGCUGAUCUCAGUGAUUUGCAGAAGGCAUCUGCAGGCUCUUUGGCCUCGAUCUUUUCCUCCUUGGUGCUGUGCCCCACAGAGCUGGUGAAAUGUCGUCUCCAGGCCAUGCAUGAAAUGGAAGCAACCGGUAAGGUGGCAAGAGGACAGAAAAGCACGGUGUGGUCCGUUGUUAAGAUCGUUCUGAAAACGAGAGGUCCGCUGGGUUUCUAUGAAGGACUGACGUCCACCAUCGUGAGGGAGAUUCCAGGCUACUUCUGCUUUUUUGGUGCUUAUGAGCUGAGUCGGUCUACCUUUGCGCAGCAUAUGGGGACAGAUAAGGACAGUAUAGGUAUUCUUCCGCUCAUGUUCAGCGGUGGAUUCGGAGGAGCCUGUCUUUGGCUCAUGGUCUACCCGAUAGACUGCGUCAAGUCCAGGAUCCAGGUCUACUCUUUAGCCGGGAAGCAAGAAGGCUUCAUGAAGACCUUCCUGGGUAUCGCACGUAACGAGGGGAUCACUGCCCUGUACUCAGGCCUGACCCCGACCAUGGUACGCACCUUCCCGGCCAACGGAGCCCUUUUCCUGGCUUAUGAAUUCAGCCGCAAGUUUAUGAUGGAGACAGUUGGUGCCUGAUGUCCCCAUGUGAUGGAUCCUCCUACUUGAAUUGCCUAAUCUGUGAUAAAACACUGCCUUUAGUAUUUUUUCAAAUGUACAUUAAAGUUGAACAAGUAAUUUAACAGCUGAACAUCUGCUGUGCUGGUCACAGUCAUUUAAAAUAAAGUUUUAAUCCUAACUUUAAA